AUGCGGUGCUGCCUAUUCAUCAAAGUGGGCGCAUGGAUCGACGCCAAGAAAGAGGUCUUCCACGAGCAUCGCGGAAACUUCCACGAGGCGCAGGGCGCGCGCCUGCGACUGUUCGCCUGGGACAUAGCAGCCCGCAAAUUUGAUACUGCAUCCGAACAGCAGCAGGCAGUCCAUCUCUGGCGCAGCAUGAGAUCCCUCAUCCAAAACGACAACGACCUCAAUCUCGCGAUCCAACACGAGGCAGCCCUGCAGCACAAACAUAAAGCUCUGGACGCAAGGCUCCAGCAUCUCGUCGCCACCAGCCACGUCGGUCCCGGGCCCAUUUUCUCGGCCAUGUCCCAGCUGCAGGCCCUCGAGAUCCAGCUGCGCACGGUCCACGCGGAGAUCUGGCAGCUCGACCGGACGGCGCACCGGAUCCUGCGCGGAUUCCCCGCCGGCUUUGGGCCGGUCAAACGUGGGGUGUGCGCCAACCGGGCCAGGACGGAUUGGCAUAUGACGGAGUCUCUGCAGGAGGACUGCGCGGGCCGCGGCGGGUGCUGCGGGCGCGGGUGCGGCUGUUGCGCGAGACCGCGGAGUGCGCACCGGGCGAAGCAGGGCCAUUGCACCGCGGCCUGUGCGUGCUGUGAGCGGGCCCGUGGCUUUGCAGUAGACAGGCAUGUCCGCUGGGAGCCGGUUCGUUUGCCAGCUUUGGAAGGUGCUGAAUGGAUCACGGGGGACAUGCUGCAGCUGUUCGUCGCCUAUGCGUUUGGGCUGACCGUGGAGGAUGAAUGGCUUUGA